AUGUUACCUAGGAUAUCUUAAAGUUAAUAACUUCAUUCAUUACAUUAUUCUGAAGAAGUAACAUUAAAUGAAGUAAAAAGAAGAAAAAAAGAACUGGAAUUAUAGGCUUAAAGUGUAGAAAAUAGAAUAAGAUAACUUAGAAAUGAAGAAGGAAAAUUAAUGAAAAGAAUUUAAUUAACAGAAUAAUUAACAUCAGAUGUUUGUAAAUAGAAAGUGGCUGCAUAACUAAAAGUAACUAAUAAAUAUUUAUUCAUUAUAGAAACAGCAAAAAAUAUAAAAAAAUGUAAUCUAUUAUAGAAAUGCAUAAAAUGAUUCAAAAUAAUUGACAGAAUAAUCUAUUGGUAAUGAACGAAAUAAAGAACUAUAUAUUAAAACAACGAUAGAACGAAAUUAAUUGAAAAAAAUCAAAUAAGAGUUUAGAUAAUAUAAACAUGAUGAAGCCUAAAAUUUUAGAAAGUUUUUAAAAUAUUAACAAUUUAAAUUUAUUGAGGAAUAAACAAAGUGGCAUGAAAAUUAAAAAUUAAAAGCAGCCUUAAGAAAAUAAGAGUAAAAUUUAUCUGAGGUUUUAAUUCGAGAAAAAUUAAAUGAAAAAAGAUACAAAAUAAAGUAAGAGAUGGAGAAAGAAAAAGUCAAAACAAUUUAAGAAAAUGAAGAAAAAGAAAAACAUAUCAAAUAAUUAGAAAUUGAAGAACUUUAAAUGGUGCAUAAAUUAUAGGCAACUUAAUAAAAAGAAAAAGAUGUAAAAGGAAAGUUAAUUGCUGCUACUAGAUUAUAACCAGAUUAAUUAGCAUAAGCUUUUCAUUCUUUAAAUAAUACUACAAUUAUUGUUGAACAAUCAAAUACAUAAAUUAAUGUAUUAAUAUUAUAUAUAUAUUAGAAAUAAGAAGAUAAUGUACAAUAAAAUUAAUAAUCUCAAAAUAACAAUGAACAAAAAGAAGAAUAAACUAAUGAAGAGUAGUAAGGUACACAAACUUAAGAGUGA